CGAAGUCCUUUUUGUUCCUUGUCCAUCUGCCAUUGCGUGCCUUUGUCACAUCUCUGUUUUCCUUCGAUGUUGGUAUUGCUGGGAUGCGAGAACGUUGGAAUAUAGGACUAGGAGAGCAGGUCGUCCCCUUCUGCGCCCUUAUAUGCAUGUAAGGAUUCAUCUAGAUGUGCCAAUCUCCAUGCCCGCGUUCAGAACAUGUAUGUCAAGAUGAGCUAGUGUCUUCGGCGACCAAAAUGUUAUUUAUAGGUCGGAGACCUAUCCUGGAACAGUUCGCCGUGUUGCUAGUUUGUUGUCCUGCGGCCGCCGGACAAGUUCGCUCCACCUCCGUCGUCCCUAGUUCUCUGAACUGCCACCGCUUGACAAAGAUACUGAACAAUUCAAUUGGAACUCACAAAUUCUUCAUGACUGCUAGGAAACAACUUCAAGAUUCUGACACUUAUGGUUUAGUCAAAAAGGUCAACUAUCGAAAAGGAGAUAUUAUAAUGGCGUUAAGGAUUUUGAUGGUUUGGACCGAAUUUUCAAGAGGUGGAAGGAUCGUGGUUAUAAUACCAGUAAUAAAAUGAACUAUGUGGGCUCGACAAUUCUUUGUGGCAGACGGAGAAUCUAAUAUUUCUUUAAAAAUAUGGAAGAUACUGAUGUACUCGUAGAAGAUCACAUAUGCAUGAAGAUGUACUAUAAGUUGUAAAACAUGUGCAUGUGAUUUUUCGUUCAGAUUUGUUUCUGUUGUGAAUAAUGUACUCGGUUGCUCUUACUUUGAGAAGUUAUAAUAUUGAUAUUUAUUUAUUGUAA